AUGACAAUUAGAAUAUAUUGGCCGCUGAAUGUGAUUCAGCUUCAGAAAAAGACGGAAUACCCACCGUCACUUAUCAUAGGAUGGAAUAAUUCAGAUACAGAUAUUGUAGUGGUCACCACCCUACCAUUUCUAGACCCAGCUAUAGUUGAAACGCUGUUGAUUAGAGAUGAUCUGCUUAAAGAGUCGAACUUUAACUGUUCUCAAAUCUAUGAAAGAUGUGGAAUACGUAGAAUGAGUAUCCUUGGUACAUUAAAUGUGAAUUCGGAUGGAUCCUCGAUGCUAAAUCGCAAUCGCAACAUAGUGAUAAAUGCCAGACUGGACAAUGAAAUCAACUAUCCUCAGCACGAAUUAAUAGGCAGGAUAAAAGUCAAGAAUAUAAAUGAAGCAAAAUCAUGUUCUUCAAUUCAAGUUAUAGUAUUUGAUCCGCCUCUGGCUCAUCGUAUGCAAUAUCUGUCACUGUAUCCUAUAUCUUUGGCAUUAGCAGAAAGGACGACACUGACAGUGGUAAGUGAGGAAUACGAGGCAAAUCUAAUCGAAUCACUGGAAAAAAAACAGAUCCUUAUGGAAAAAGCCUUACAGCAUACAUUACGAGAACAAGACUCUGGGAGUGAACAGCGAAUUGUGUUGAAAAAUUGCAUAUCUCAAGUCAAUUGCUCGCAUGAAGUAGGAGAAAUUAUGAGACAUAACGCGGCCACGUUAUUCCCCAAACUCAAGUCCAGAAGACGAAGGCUUAGUGUUAGCGAGUCUGUCAUAGAAUCAGCUCGUACGGUCCAUGAUGGAUUCUGGAAUGCCCUUUAUUUGCUGUGGUGCUCUUUUAUUCCUUAUUUGAGUAGAAUCUUGGUUGGAGCUAUUCUUCUCGGACGAGUCAUCGCAGAAGGAAUAUUAUCCAUCAUAGAGUGGAGACCAGGUACUAUACCCAAUAGAAGACAAGACAAUGCCGAUACUGUUAAACGAACAUCUUCAUCAGCAUCAGGAUCAAUGACCUCUACGUCAACCUCAGCAUCAACUUCGUCACCACCUACGCCGGCACUCAAAGAUAUUUCUGCAACAGCACAGCAGAUUGACUUACGGCUACAACAAUUUUGUUAUUGGCCAAUACAGUACCUGACUAUCCGAAAAAGAUCACAGAGCUGGCAUAGUAAUACUGACUUCAACGUCGAAUACAUCCGAUUUUAUAACACGAUAUGGCUGGUGAUCAACGAUGUUAUUCUUGGCGUUGCACUUGGAAGUGUGAUACUAGACAAUCGUGAUUAUAUUGUAGACUGGCUAUGCUAUGGAAUCGACGAGAUCCUCUCUGUGCAGUUUAGAGAUAUCAUGCUUUGGCUCAUGGAUUGGCCCGGUGGCCUGAAGUUAAACAACGAACUCGCAGCGUUCUUCGGAGAGAUGUUUCUCUGGGUGAUACAAUUCUGGGCUACGUUUUUAAAUAUUUUCAGGCCUUACUUCAGAAUCGUAAUAUCAGUCAUAGGAUAUGCUGGAUUUGGUGGAUUUACGUUGUCGAUAUCAUUAGUAUCAGAUUUUAUCUCGUUUCUGACUCUUCAUGUAUAUGCUUUUUACGUGGCGUCUGCACGAAUAUACCACUGGCAGCUUGUGGUUCUCCACUCUCUGUUCCACCUGUUUAGAGGUAAAAAGCACAACGUAUUGAGAAAUAGGAUUGAUUCAUGCAAUUACGAGCUAGAUCAGUUGCUCAUGGGCACUGUGUUUUUCACAGUGCUGAUAUUUCUGUUACCAACAGUGUUGGUAUUUUAUUUAUUUUUCGCAUUUAGCAGGCUAUCUAUAGUGCUGUUAUGCGCUGGUCUUGAGAGUGUACUGUCAUUUCUGAAUCAUUUCCCACUGUUUGCUAUUUUACUGAGAAUCAAGGACUCACAAAGAAUCCCAGGCGGAAUCCGCUUCGAAUACCAAAAAGAUGACAAAAGCUGUCUGAAGCUCAAGUCAGUUCCUCUAGGCUACAGUCAUAUAUUUCAGCAGUAUAACAUUCUUGGACAGAGGCUUAGAAUGCACUACCUCUCGCUGCAAGUCAUCACGCGACUGCUCACAGGCCAAUUUGUACCUAUCCAGCGUACAAAGCUCUAUGUGCUGCUUUAUUCGAUGCUCCCAGAAGAAAGGGUUCCUCUCAACGAGCUCUACAAAGAGCUCAAAACGUUACCCUAA